UUUAGCUGCAUCCUUUUCGUAACGGCGAUCUGAAACUUUCCAUCAAAAUACCAUCUCCAAUCAGUGAGUUUUGAGGACAAAAAUGGCCUCCAACCCUAGUCCAGUUUUUGCCUACGUGGUUUUGUACGUGAAGGACGUAGCCAAAUCCACUGCUUUCUACGCAAAAGCCUUCGGCUGCAACGUUCGUCGCUUGGACGAAUCCCACAGAUGGGGGGAGCUGGACAGCGGAAAGACAACCAUAGCAUUCACGCCGGUGCACCAACGAGAGACCGACCGCAUCACGGGGGCAGUGCAGGACCCAUGGUCCGGCCGGGAGCGACCCCCGGUUGAGCUUUGCUUCGCUUAUGUGGACGUUGACGCUGCCUACAAGAGGGCAGUGGAGAAUGGAGCAAUGGCAGUGAGCGAACCAGAGGAAAAAGAGUGGGGGCAGAAGGUUGGAUACGUUCGCGACAUAGAUGGCAUUGUGGUGAGAAUGGGAAGCCAUGUGAACCCACCUAAGCAACAUCACCAAGAUUGAUAAAUGAGUGAACCCCUUCCGCCUCUGCUUUCCUUUGUUUGCUUCGUCUCUGGUGAUUGGACGAGAUAUACAGGGCAUUUGCACUGUAUUAGUAAUAAAAUGAAGCAGAUAUGCUUGAAGCCCUGAAAUCCUUGGUAUGGAAACAAACUGGUGUCUUCAAUAUUCAAUAAGAAUGAGUAGUUUUCAUUUCUGCA